UCAAAGUUUCCAUCCCAUGAAAAGUCUGCUAAAGUAUGUAGCCUGCACCACCUUUGAUGAUUCAUUAAACCACAAAGAGUAGAGGCCAAAGACCAAGAAAAUAUUAAGACAAAACAAAACCAUCUAGAAUCAAUAGAAUAUUACAAAUAGCCAAGAUGACAAAAUCAAAACAGAACAGAGUGUAGAAGAGAAUUCCAACUAAGAAAAUUGUUAAAAUGAUGAAGAUGAACUGGAAUCAUCUAAGAAUUAAGAAUUAGAUGCCAAUAACUUUGUGUCUUAAGAUUAAGAAAGCUUAACUGAGCAAAACACUGCUCAAUUACUACAAUAAGCCAAUUUUACAUUUAAUCAGUAACCCUUAAUACAUUUGAGUUUGAGUUACAAAGAAUAAAACUUCAUUGUUCCAAUUUAUAAUUAUUCAAGUGAAUUGACAAUCAAGCAAUCAUUAAUAUAAUUGAAUUUAUCUCAAUAACACCUACACAAGGUUUAUUAGAUUUGCAUUAAACAUCUCUAAUUUUAUUUGAAAACCCUGGAAUCUAUUUGGUUGAAUAAAAAGAAUGAAAAUAUAGAAAACAUUUAUUUCCUCUAAAACUUGAUGAAUGAAUAGUCAUUUGUAUAAACCAGAAACCAGAAUUCAUUCUGGGUAAAGAAAAAGGAAUUGAGAAAUGGGUAUAAUUACAAAAUAUUUAAGUUAGAUUCAAAUUGACAUUGAAGAUAAGGAAAAGGAAUAUAGAUUGGUAUUUUCGAAGUUCAAAAUAUUGCAAUUUAUUCAGAGCUAAAAGUUAUUGAACAUUGGGAGAAAGUUCUCAAUUGAUUUGAGUAAAAGCGAGGACUUUUAAAAAAUUAUUGAAAGAUUUUCUAAUGACAAUCUAUUGACUCAAAAAUCAAGAGAUGAGUUGAAAUGGCUAAUUCAUAAUGAAUUAAUCAGUAUGUUUGAAUGA